AUGAUUGCGUUUGUGGCCAGUAUAAUAAUUAUAUCAAUUGCACUAUUAUUUUUAAUAGUUAUAGUGGUUUUGCAUAAAAUUACCGUUAGAAAGGAUUCUAAAUGCUUGAAAAAUAUUAAAGGGCGGAAGCCUAACGCCUUGUUUGGCAAUAUGCUGGACUUUGCAGUACCUUCACACAAACUUUUCGAGAAAACUCAAGAAUUUUUGGACGAAUUCGGAUCGAACUUUGUUAUUUACAAUGGCCCUCUAACCAGAAUUGUUUUCAUAACGGAGGUAAAGCUAAUUGAGCACAUUCUUAGCUCUACGCAAUUUAUUGAAAAAUCCGACGAAUACGAGCACUUGCACAAAUGGAUAGGAACGGGAUUGUUAACAAGCGGAGGUUUAAAAUGGAAAAAACGCCGCCGUAUGAUAACACCAUCGUUCCACUUCUCGAUUUUGGACAAUUUCGUAGAUGUUUUCGAAAACGUCGGCGAUAUAUUUGUAAAAAAACUUGAAGAACACGUUGAUAAACCUUCUUUCGAUAUCUACCCUACAAUUUCAUUGUGCACUUUAGACAUUAUAUGUGAAACAGCCAUGGGUACUCCAAUCAAUGCUCUCGACAAUGCAUCCUCUGAUUACGUGAGAAGUGUGAAAACCAUGUGCAAGAUAGUUACAGACAGAAAUUUUUCCCCGUUAGACCGGCGAUUCUAUCCCUUCACUCUGAAUUUCUAUCGAGAACAAUUCGCUUUGAAGGUACUACACAACCAUACAGACGCAGUCAUUGAUAGAAGAAUAAAGGAGUUCCGAGUAAAUUCUGAUAAAUCAAGCGAGACCAACGAUUGCGGCAUUAAAAAAAGAAUGGCUUUUCUGGACUUGCUCCUGAGAAGUACCAUAGAUGGCAAAUCUCUUACCAGAGAAGACAUUAGAGAGGAAGUGGAUACAUUUAUGUUUGAGGGUCAUGAUACAACUUCAUCUGCAAUUGGUUUUGCUUUAUACAGUCUAGCAAAUAACCCAUUGGUUCAGCAAAAGGCUUUAGAAGAGCAAAUGGAAAUAUUUAAAGAUCUUAAGAACGCCCGAGCCACAAUGGCGGAUCUUCAGAACAUGAAGUACUUAGAAUUGGUCAUAAAAGAAACGUUGAGAUUGUACCCGUCUGUUCCGAUUUUAGGAAGGAGAGUAAAGAAGGAAUUCGAAUGGGAAAAUUCGAUAUUUCCGAAAGAUGUUCAUUUGGCACUGUUUACGUACGGUUGUCACAGAAGCGACAAGAAUUAUGAGAAACCUUUAGAAUUUAUUCCAGAGAGAUUUUUAGAAAUGGACGGUACGAACCCAUUUAAGUACGUUCCCUUUAGUGCCGGUCCCAGGAAUUGUAUAGGUCAGAGAUUUGCGCUUCUUGAAAUGAAAAGCACGAUAUCAAAAGUGUUGAGAAAUUUCAAAUUGCUACCCGCAAAUCCAAAUCCAGAGCUGAUGUUAGUCCCCGAAAUUAUUUUGGUAUCGAAAAACGGAAUUAAUGUUUGCCUAAAGAAAAGAGUUUAA